AUGGCUCGGAAGCGGGUGGCUCGCAGGGAGCCUCGGGGACGCAAACCAUGUGGCCAGAAAGCCAAGGGCGAGGGUACAGCCCGGCCUGAGGAGAAGGAAGCAGAUGUCUUUGAAGAUGAGAAACCCCCAAAGAAGAGUCUGCUCUCAAAAGUCUCGCAAGGAAAGAGGAAAAGGGGCUGCAAUGACCCUGGGGCCUCAGCAGGCGGUCCAGCAAAAAAGAAAGUUGCCAAGGUGACUGUUAAAUCUGAAAACCUGAAGGUUAAAACAGAUGAAGCCUUCAGUGAUGUAGGAGAUUUCAGAAACCUUACACGUGCCUGCAAGAAUGCACACCAUCCAAAGAGGGAGUCUCCUGUGGACGAAGACAGGCACGAAGGAGAUGACGAGGAAGAAAGCGAAGAUGAGUGGGAAGAGGUAGAAGAACUUAGUGAGCCUGUGCCAGGUGAUGUGGGAGAAAAUGCAGCCUUCUCUCAAUCUGUUCUGCCUCUGAAGCCAGUGGAGAUAGAGAUUGAAACACCGGAGCAGGCAAAAGCAAGAGAAAGAAGUGAAAAAGUACAAAUGGAGUUUGAGACAGCUCUUCGGAGGCUGAUGAAGCGUUUCAAUAAAGAAGUCCAUGAGGAUACACACAAGGUUCACCUUCUGUGCCUGUUAGCAAAUGGCUUCUAUCGAAAUAGCAUCUGCAACCAGCCUGAUCUUCAGGCUAUUAGCCUCUCCAUCAUCCCAACUCGCUUUACCAAAGUGCCUCCUCAAGAUGUGGAUAUCUGCUACCUGUCAAACCUGAUGAAAUGGUUCAUUGGAACAUUUACAGUUAACUCUGAGCUUUCAAUCAGUGAGCGAGAUGGCUUACAGACUACGUUGGAAAGGAGAUUUGCGAUUUACUCUGCACGAGAUGAUGAAGAAUUGGUCCAUAUAUUUUUACUGAUUCUCCGGGCCCUGCAGCUCCCAACCCGACUGGUAUUGUCUCUACAGCCAAUUCCUCUGAAGUUAUCAGCAGCCAAGGGAAAGAAACCUAAAGAGAAAUCCACAGAUGGUCCUGCAGGCUCCUCAGAAACUUCCAGCCAAGCGUCAGAAAACCAAACCAAACCAAAGACCAGCAGAGGAACCAGAAAAGAGAGCACUUCUUCCAAGGGCCCCAGCAGCCCAGGUGCCGCAGAGAGGAAGAGCAAGCCAGCUGCUCUCGGGAAGAAACACAGAGAGCCCCCCUCCGGUGGGGAGGAACAGCGGGAGGGGACCCCGAGACGGUUGUGUGGCCGGCGGCGACGGGUGGCCUCCAGGGUGUGUUACAAAGAGGAGAGUGGGAGUGACAAGGCCAACAGUGGCUCUGACUUUGAGUUCUCCAGUGGGGAAGCCCAACAUUCGUCUGAUGAGGAUUCUGAGCCUGGCCCUCGGAGGCAGAGGAGGGCCCUGGCCCCUCAGAGGACAAAAGCAGGGUCCAAAAGUGGCUCUAAGACCCAAUGUGGAAGCUACACUAAGCACCCUGGCUCUCCAGCAGCAUCCACAAGCUCUUCAAGCAGUAAGAGUAAGAGAGGCAAGAAAAUGUCCAGUGAUGGUGAGGGGACAGAAAGAGGGAAAGCAGCUGGCACGGACCAGUGGCUAGAGGUGUUCUGUGAACGGGAGGAAAAAUGGGUGUGCGUGGACUGUGUGCAUGGUGUGGUGGACCAGGCUCUGACAUGUUACAGAUAUGCCACCAAGCCCAUGACCUACGUUGUGGGCAUUGACAAUGAUGGCUGGGUCCGGGAUGUCACCCAGAGGUAUGACCCAGCCUGGAUGACAGCGACCCGCAAGUGCCGGGUUGAUGCCAAGUGGUGGGCUGAAACCCUGAGACCCUACCAGAGUCCACUGGUGGAAAGGGAGAAGAAAGAAGACUUGGAGUUUCAGGCAAAGCACCUGGACCAGCCUUUGCCCACUGUCAUUGGCACAUACAAGAACCACCCUCUGUACGCCCUGAAGAGGCAUCUCCUGAAAUACGAGGCCAUCUAUCCUGAGACAGCCACGAUCAUUGGGUAUUGUCGCGGAGAAGCUGUCUACUCCAGGGAUUGCGUGCAUACCUUGCACUCCAGGGACACAUGGCUGAAACAAGGAAGAGUGGUGAGGCUUGGAGAAGUGCCCUACAAGAUGGUGAAAGGCUAUUCCAACCGGGCACGGAGAGCCCGCCUUGCUGAACCCCAACUGCAGGACCAAAAUGACCUGGGCCUGUUUGGCAGGUGGCAGACCGAGGAGUACCAGCCACCUGUGGCUGUGGAUGGCAAGGUCCCCCGGAAUGAAUUUGGGAACGUGUACCUCUUCCUGCCCAGCAUGAUGCCUGUUGGCUGUGUCCAGCUGAAUCUGCCCAACCUGAACCGUGUGGCGCGUAAGCUAGGCAUCGACUGUGUCCCAGCCAUCAUCGGCUUCGAUUUCCAUAAUGGAUACUCCCAUCCCGUAACUGACGGGUACAUAGUCUGCGAGGAAUACAAAGACACACUCCUGGCCGCCUGGGAAAACGAGCAGGCCCUCAUUGAAAAGAAGGAGAAGGAGAAAAGGGAGAAGCGGGCUCUAGGGAAUUGGAAGCUGCUGGUUAAAGGACUGCUCAUCAGGGAGAGGCUGAAGCUUCGCUAUGGGGCCAAGAGUGAGGCAGUAGCUCCCCACGCAGCAGGCGGUGGACUCUCUUCUGAUGAAGAGGAAGGAACCAGCUCUCAAGCAGAAGCGGCCAGGAUACUGGCCGCUUCCUGGCCCCAAAACCGAGAGGCUGAAGAACAGAAGCCGAAGUGCUCUAAGAAAACCAAAAGGGAAAAGGCAGCGGCUUCCCACCUGUUCCCAUUUGAGAGGUUGUGAUGUGAGCAGCCACUUCAUCAUACCGUCUGCCCCACAGGCUUGACACCUGCUGCAGGGGAUGGCCAGGCCCUGAGGCAGUGGUGUCUCCACUGAGAAGGCAAACAAGCAGCAUGCACUGUGGACAAGGAUCCAGGGGACAGAAGGGUCAAAUUGAGGUGGUGCCGCAGUUCUGGUCUGUCCCCAGUCCUUGUCAGAUUCACUCAGGGUAGGGCCUUCAAAGCUUUUUGCUCCCACACCCUAUGCCUUGAGCUAUGGAACCCUUCCCUGGAGACCCUCCUGCUCCUCGACCUGGUUCUUCCCAUCUUUGGAAACAUGAAUCCGUUUUUUUAAUAGAAACCACUGGGAAGUUUUCAGAUGAUGGUGCAUUAGGAAUGCACCAUUCCUUUCUUCCAAGCAGGUUCUUCCUCUGUCAGACACUGGCCCUCUUGCCUUCUGCAAACUUCGGAUCCUCUCUCUGCAGGCCACUCACUUUCCCUCCAUCAGGUUUAUUAAUACUGCCUAAUGCCUCUGUAGUAUGGGGAGCACAGGUCAUCUCAGAUUGUGGUAUUGUUCAGAUCCACUUGUCAAAGUUACGUUUCAUGAUAGCAGAAGACUAGAAUAAAAAGCCAAAAUCAGGAAGAACAAAAAGGAAAAAUACGAACUCAGAAUGAAAAAAUUAUUAGUAAAAGUGGAUCAGUGUUAAACUAGAAUUUAUUCAUUACUGGAUAAAUUUUAUAAAGCUCUAUGCACUGUAGAUAUGUAGGAGAAAUAAGAUUUUGAGAAAAAAAAUAAAGCAUUUAUCUAAAAAGA